UGCUCGGCAGUCGGCACUCCUCGCCGCUAAAUGCCGACGCCAGCCGCGGUGUUCGCUGGCCUCCUUGUCCUGCUGCUUACCUCCGGCGCUGCCAAUGCUGCCACGGGGCCAGAAACCAAGGCGCUCCUGGCCUGGAAGGCCAGCCUCGGUGACCCCGCCGCGCUGUCCAGCUGGGCCGGCGGCGCCCCGGUCUGCGCCGGGUGGCGCGGGGUAUCCUGCGACUUUGCCGGUCGAGUCAACUCGCUCAGGCUCCGGGGCCUCGGGCUCGCCGGUGGGCUGCAGACGCUCGACACUGCAGCGCUACCGGACCUCAGCACGCUCGACCUCAAUGGGAACAACCUCGCCGGCGGCAUCCCCUCCAACAUCUCGCUUCUCCGCUCCCUCUCCUCGCUUGACCUCGGCAGCAACAGCUUUGAAGGUCCCAUCCCGCCGCAGCUCGGCGAUCUAUCCGGCCUCGUCGACCUCCGACUCUACAACAACAACCUCGCCGGUAACAUCCCGCAUCAGCUCAGCAGGCUCCCCAGGAUCGCCCUCUUCGACCUUGGUUCCAACUACCUCACCAACCUGGAUAACUAUCGUAGGUUCUCGCCGAUGCCCACCAUUACCUUCCUCUCGCUCUACCUCAACUCCCUCGACGGCAGCUUCCCGGAUUUCGUCCUCAAGAGUGGCAACAUCACCUACCUCGACCUGUCGCAGAACCUUCAGUCCGGGACGAUACCGGACUCGCUGCCCGAGAAGCUUCCCAACCUCAUGUACCUGAACUUGUCCACCAAUGGCUUCUCUGGCCAGAUACCGGCGUCGCUGUCGAAGCUGAGGAAGCUCCAGGACCUGCGGAUUGCAUCCAACAAUCUGACCGGGGGCAUCCCAGAUUUCCUUGGGUCCAUGUCCCAGCUCAGAGCUCUUGAACUCGGCGGCAACACGCUCGGCGGGCAGAUCCCGCCAGCUCUUGGCCGGCUCCAGAUGCUACAAUACCUUGACGUGAAGAACGCGGGGUUGGUUUCCACUAUUCCACCGCAGCUGGGCAACCUUGGCAAUCUCAGUUUCGCGGACCUGUCCUUGAACAAGCUCACUGGUAUCCUGCCGCCGGCGCUUGCUGGGAUGCGGAAGAUGAGGGAGUUUGGCAUAUCAUAUAACUUACUCAUUGGCGGGAUCCCACAUGUACUGUUCACAAGCUGGCCGGAGCUUAUGGCAUUCGAAGCGCAGGAAAACUCGCUUAGCGGGAAGAUUCCGCCAGAGGUCAGCAAGGCAACCAAGCUGGUUAUCUUGUAUCUGUUCAGCAAUAACCUUACCGGUUUUAUCCCCGCAGAGCUUGGCGAGCUUGUGAGCCUGAAACAGUUAGACUUGUCUGUGAACUGGCUCACAGGGCAGAUACCUAACUCGCUUGGGAAACUCACGGAGCUCACCAGGCUGGCGCUCUUCUUCAAUGAAUUAACCGGCCCUAUCCCAACCGAGAUUGGCGACAUGACGGCAUUGCAAAUCUUGGACAUCAAUAACAACUGUUUGGAAGGCGAGCUGCCUACCACCAUUACAUCACUCAGGAAUCUCCAAUACCUCUCCCUCUACAACAACAACUUCAGCGGCACCGUACCGCCUGACCUCGGGAAGGGAUUGAGCUUAAUCGACGUGAGCUUCGCGAACAACAGCUUCUCUGGCAUGCUGCCGCAGAGCCUGUGCAAUGGUCUCGCGCUACAGAACUUCACAGCGGACCACAACAACUUCAGCGGCACGCUGCCGCCAUGCCUCAAGAAUUGUGUGGAGCUGUACCGUGUGCGGCUGGAAGGGAACCACUUCAGUGGUGACAUUUCCGAGGUGUUCGGUGUCCACCCCAUCUUGCACUUCUUGGAUGUCUCCGGGAAUCAGCUGACGGGGAAGUUGUCGUCUGAUUGGUCACAGUGCGUCAAUCUUACAUAUCUAUCCAUGAACAACAAUCACAUAUCUGGCAAUGUCCAUGCAACUUUCUGUGGAUUGACCUAUCUCCAGUCACUGGAUCUAUCAAACAACCAAUUCACAGGGGAGCUCCCAGGUUGCUGGUGGAAAUUAAAAGCUCUGGUAUUUAUGGAUGUGUCCAACAAUAGCUUGUCAGGUAACUUCCCUACAUCACCAACGAGCUUGGACCUUCCUCUCCAGUCACUUCAUCUUGCAAACAAUACCUUUGCUGGAGUUUUCCCAUCUGUCAUUGAGACCUGCAGAAUGCUCAUCACUCUAGAUCUUGGGAACAACAUGUUCCUUGGUGACAUCCCCUCUUGGAUUGGCACAAGUGUUCCUCUUCUAAGAGUUCUGAGCCUCCCAUCCAACAACUUUAGUGGUACCAUUCCAUCCGAGUUAUCCCUACUUUCUAAUCUGCAAGUACUUGAUAUGUCCAAGAAUAGGUUCACUGGAUUCAUCCCGGGAACAUUAGGUAACCUAUCAUCCAUGAAACAACAAAAUAAUAAUUCCAGAAUAGAAUCUUCUGAAACGCAUAGUCGUGACCCUUCUCAGCUUAAGUUGGUCCAACUGAACCGGAUUUCCACUUUUUCUCGGAGGACUAUGCCCAGCCCCCCUUCGCCAGUGGAUGUGUACCGAGACAGAGUUAACAUAUUCUGGAAGGGCCGUGAACAAAUGUUUCAGAAAACAAUCGAGUUAAUGACAGGUCUUGAUUUAUCAAGCAAUCUACUUACCGGGGACAUCCCUGAGGAGCUAUCAUACCUUCAAGGUCUCCGGUUCUUGAACUUAUCUAGAAAUGAUCUAUCAGGUAGUAUUCCAGGAAGAAUUGGCAAUUUGGAGCUCCUGGAGUUCCUUGACCUCUCAUGGAAUGAAAUCACAGGUGCUAUUCCUUCCAGCAUUUCAAACUUGCCAUCCCUUGGCGUGUUAAAUCUCUCUAACAAUCGCCUAUGGGGCCAUAUACCCACUGGAAGUCAGCUACAGACACUUGUAGAUCCAUCAAUUUAUGGCAACAAUCUGGGUCUUUGUGGUUUCCCAUUGAGCACUUGUGAACCUACAUUGGACGAGGGAACUGAAGUUCACAAAGAACUCGGAGAUGUGUGGUUGUGUUACUCUGUAAUUCUUGGCAUUGUUUUUGGUUUUUGGCUUUGGCUAGGAACUCUGUUCUUCCUUAAGCCAUGGAGAUUUUCCUUCUGCAAUUUUGUCGACCAUGUAGCAUUUAAGAUAAUGCAGUAGAUGUCUCACGUACGCUAAAGUUUAUCAUCACAUGUAAAUCAACAA